CGCGAGACGCCGCUCGCCCCGCCCCUUCCGGUGAUGGCCGCGCGGCCGGCGCAGCAGCAUGCACUCCGACGACGUUGUGUGGGACACGCUGGGGAACAAGCAGUUCUGCUCCUACAAGAUCAGGACGAAGACGCAGAGCUUCUGCCGCAAUGAGUACAACCUGACCGGGCUCUGCAACCGCUCCUCCUGCCCGCUGGCCAACAGCCAGUACGCCACCGUCAGGGAGGAGAAAGGCCGCUGUUACCUCUACAUGAAGACGAUCGAGCGGGCGCCUUUUCCCAGCCGACUGUGGGAGCGGGUCCUGCUGAGCAAGAACUAUGAGAAAGCACUGGAGGAGAUAGACGAGAAUCUCAUCUACUGGCCCCGCUUCAUCCGGCACAAAUGCAAGCAGCGCUUCACCAAGAUAACGCAGUACCUCAUCCGCAUCCGGAAGCUGACGCUGAAGCGACAGAGGAAAAUCGUUCCCUUAAGCAGAAAGAUUGAAAGGCGGGAGAAAAGAAGAGAGGAGAAAGCCCUGGUCGCCGCUCAGCUGGACAACGCCAUCGAGAAGGAAUUGCUGGAGAGACUGAAGCAGGACACGUACGGAGACAUUUACAACUUCCCCAUCCACGCCUUCGACAAAGCUCUGCAGCAGCAAGACGCAGAAAGCGAGAGCGAGUCCGACGUGGAAAAGGACGAGGAAGACGACGAGGAGGUAACGGAAAGAGAUGAAAGGGAGUUUGUGGAAGCAGAUGACAGCGACAUCAGUGACUUUGAGGACAUGGACAAGUUGGAGGCGAGUAGCGAAGAGGAGCAGGAAGAUGAGGAAGAAACAGAGAAGAAAGCGCACUCCAACUCCAAGGGAAAAACCCCCCUGAAAGGACCAACCAGAAGAAAACGUCCCCACCUUGAAAUCGAGUAUGAAAAAGAAACAGAGCCAGCGGCCAAGACUAAAGCCUCCUGACUCCCUCCCGGACUGGCAUCGUUUUACUGACUGGCAGCACACCACGUCUGUCCUCCGGAACUCCUCCAGCUUCACCACUCUGAGCGCAGCCAUCAGAAGUUACUUGUCCAAUAUUCCAGAGUAAUAACUCCCUCUUUUUUUUUUUU